AUGCAGUCCACUCUCAUGUCCAUGCUCGCCAUUGCUGGCGCUGUCACCGCUGCUCCUCUCCAGGGCCGCGAUAUCGCCUGGGUCGAUGCUUCCGAGGUCGCCUCCUGGAACACCACCCUGGCCGACGGCUGGGCUGGCCAGGUAGUCGUCGACUACCAGCCUUACCUCAAGGUCGCCUCCGGCUGUGUCCCUUUCCCCGUCGUCACUGAGGACGGCAAGCUUGGCUCCGGCCUCAAGCCCACCGGAUCCAAGGAGGGCGACUGCGACUACGGCACCGGCCAGGUCUACGCCCGCUCCGGCUGGUUGAAGAACGGCCACUGGAGCAUCAUGUACUCCUGGUACUUCCCCAAGAACCAGAACAAGGACCUGCUCCCCUCAGAGGGCCACCGCCACGACUUCCAGAACGUCAUCAUCUACUUCAACAACGACGACGAUGACUUCGCCCACAACCCCCCGGUCGGCGUCGCUUACAGCGCCGCCGCCAACGGCACCUACACCAAGCUCAAGCCCGGCAGCGAUGACGCCCCCGUCUUCCAGGACAACACCCACCUGUACGUCCAGUACGACCGCCUCAGCGAGGACCCCAAGCUCCACGUCGUCUCCUCCACCGAUAAGGCCGGCGGCCAGCAGCCCAUCGUCCAGUGGAACGCCUUCACCGACGCUGCCCAGCGCGCCAUCUCCACCGCCGACUUUGGCGAGGGUGUCACCGUUCCUUUCAUCGAUGCCCACUUCGAGGAGAACAUCGAGGCUGGAUUCGACGCCGGCUUCUUCGCUUAA